AUGUUCACGACUACUCGCGCCCAGGCUGUGGAGAAGAUUAAUAUUGUUGAGGAUGAGCGUGUUCAGCGCCGUUCGGCAACGAUUAAUGGGAAGACUUAUGGAUACCUUCUCGCUGAACCGGAGGGGGGAUUCACUCGCACUGUUCUUUUGAUCCACGGAUUCCCCGACCUGGCUGUCACCUGGAAAAGCGUCAUUCCUCUCCUACUGAAAUUCGGCUUCCGAGUCAUCUGCCCCGACUGUAUGGGAUAUGGAAGAUCGGACGCCCCCGACUCUCUCGCCGCAUACACCUACAAAUCCCAAGCCGACGACUUCGUCGAGCUAGCCAAGCAGCUCGGCAGCGAGAACCUCAUCGUCGGUGGUCAUGACUGGGGCGCCGUGAUCGCCUACCGCGUCGCACUCUGGCACCCCACCUUCAUCACGCACCUCUUUACCUUCGCGAUCCCCUACAUCCCGCCGUCCCCGAAAUGGAUCGAGACCGAAGACAUGCUGAAGAUGUUCCCGUCGCUCGGCUACCAGCUGCAGUUCGGCAGCGACGACGGCAUCAUCGAGUCCUUCGCUAAGGAUAAGGACGGGAUUCGCGCGUUCUUGAAUACCUUGUACGGUGGUAGGACGGCGGACGGGAAGUAUGCGAUUGAUGUCACGAAGGGGGUUGAUUUGGAGGUGGCGAAGACGUUGGGUCAUACGCCGUUGUUGGCCGAGGAGGAGUUGGAUUAUUAUGUGGAUGUUUAUUCGAGGAAUGGCUUGAGGGGUCCUUGCAACUACUACCGCACGCGCGAAGCCAACUUCACCGACGAGCAAAUCUUCGCCUCAAACCCAUCCGGCAUCGUGCUGAAAUGCCCCACCCUCUUCGUCCGCGCCUCAACCGACGCAGUAGUCUCGGACCAAAUGGUCGGCCUGAUGGAAAAGACAGUGCCAAAUUUGACCAUGAAAGAAGUCGAGGCAGGACACUGGGUGCCGUGGCAGAAGCCGGCGGAGGUGAACGAGAUCCUGACUGAGUGGAUGCGCCAGCAGGGAUUGGUGGCUGGGGAUUCGUAA